AUGUUUGCUUGUUCCUCAAGAAUUGUGAAGCGAAGUCUUUUAAAUGAAUGCUGUCGUAGGAGCAUUUCACUGAGGGCCGGUCAGCCAAUAUUUGAAACCAGACCUAAUUUGGUCAAAAAAGGUGAUAUCACGCCGGGAAUAUCGGCAGCAGAAUAUUUUAACAGACGAUAUAGGAUAGCCGAACAAAUGGAACCUGGUUCAAUUGCGAUUGUCGCAGGACAACGAACAAAAUUUGCAACUGAAUCCGUUUUCUAUCACUUCCAACAAAACAACGAUCUUUUCUAUCUUACCGGAUGGGACGAACCGGAUUCUGUGUGUAUCCUUGAAAAGCCAAAAUCUGAUCCCACUUCUGCUAUUUUCCAUAUGAUCGUUCCACCAUCGAAUCCAGAGAAAGAACUUUGGGAAGGUGAAAGAACUGGCGUUGAAGGUGUUCGUGAUAUAUUUAAUGCGGAUGUUUCUAUGCCAAUUGGGAGCCUACCCAGUCAUUUGAGCAAUUUGAUGAGCCGAUACAAGACUGUAUAUUAUGACUUUGAUGAAACACAGAAGGCAGAUGAAUUUUCAAAGGUAUUUCCGUUAAUGCAGGCUAAAGAUCGCCGCUACAGGUAUUCCAUCGAGAAUAUUUUGCGUGAGAACAAUGUUGUUCUUCAUUCCUUAAAAUCGAUCACUGCUCCAAUGAGAGCUAUUAAGUCUGAUGCCGAAUUAAGAAUGAUGCGACUUGCUGGAAAAAUAUCUGGACGCGCAUACAAUCAGGCAUACGCCCGGAGAUUUAAGAGUGAGAAGGGCUUGCAAGCCUUUUUGGAAUACAGAUUCGUUUCUGGUGGAUGUAACAGGAACUCAUACAUUCCAGUCGUUGCAGGUGGAGAAAAUGCUCUUUGUAUACAUUACACACGCAAUGAUAAUUUGUUCAAAGGAAAUGAAUUUGUCCUUGUUGAUGCUGCGGGACAACUUGGGGGUUAUUGUGCAGAUAUUUCAAGAACAUGGCCUGUCAGCGGUAAAUUCACUCCCGCACAGAGAGACAUAUAUGAAGCUCUUCUCAAUGUCCAGAGAAAGUGUAUCAAUCUGUGUACAGAAGAUGCAAAUGUCUCUAUUAACGAUCUUCAUUACAAGAGUGUUGCUAUGCUAACGAGUGAAUUGAGAAAUAUCGGCUUUCAGGGAUUGACACAGUGGGAUGUGAUGCAAAAGUUAUAUCCCCAUUACCUCGGUCAUAAUCUUGGCUUAGAUGUCCACGACGUGCCAAGUUAUUCUAAGACUGCCAAGCUUAAAAAGGGGCAAGUCAUAACUAUGGAACCAGGUGUUUACGUUUCUGAUGAUCCUAUGUGGCCUGCUGCUUAUAGAGGAAUGGGCCUUAGAAUUGAGGAUGAUAUUGCCGUCGGUAAGAAUACCAAUGUAAACUUGACCAUCGAAGCAGCCAAGGAAAUAGAUGAUAUUGAAUCAAUCGCUGUUGAUGGCGUAACCACUAAGAUGGAAGAAGAGGUUACAGAUGUCUUCUCGUUGUAA